AUGGGUCUUUCUGCUUUUCUGAAAGGUGGCGAAUACGAAGCUGCCGCGUCGGAAAUAAUGAACUCCGAUAUAAGCACUGAGCUCUCUGCCCCAUUGGUCGCUAAGCAUCUUGUAUACCAAGUGGCGCAGGGAUACGACAAAGUCUGUGCGGCACGAGGCAAGCCUGAAUCAAUCGAAAAGGCACAGGAAUUAAUGUCUCUGUUUUGGAAGGCUCUUCUCGAAGACUUGACUGCCAAAGGUGUCAAGAUCGAUAAUAAAGAAGAGGCAAUGAGUGAGGCUGAGAGAAUGUCAACGCAGGUACUCGUUGAUUCGGGGGAGUAUCAAGCUUGA